UACACCACCGCCAUUUGAUCGUCACGACUGGACGAUAGAUAGAUGUGGUAAAGAAGUUCGAUAUGUGAUUGAUUAUUAUUCUGGUCCAGAUGAAGGCGACACACCAGUAUUUUAUCUUGACGUAAGACCAGCUUUGGAUUCGAUUGACAGUAUUGUUGAUCGAAUCAAAGUUGCUACCAAAGGAACUUUUGAACAAUUCAGAGAACGUGCUAAAUCUGCUAGAGCUGGUGUACAAAAUUCUAGUGGUGGUGAUCGCACGUAA